GACCAUUUUGGCAAUCUUCAUUUUGAGGUUCCGCUGCUUCUAUAUACGAGCAGAGAAGUUGUCGGUUUCCUGAGACCGGUUCUAGUCCAUGGCAACGACACAGUCAUGUCGUUCAGAAAGAGGAAUGCCGUCAUCAGCACUUCUGCAGCCACCCCCACGGUAGGCAAGCUCACAAAUGCCCAGAUACCCGGAGUGCGGCCCUCUCCAUACGACAGCCGCCCGACCAUAUCCACGGGCACCCCUUCGUUGGACAGUCUCAUGGCUGGGCAUGCUGGCCUUCCUCUGGGCACGUCGUUGCUCGUCCAGGAACACGGAACAACCGACUUCGCCGGCAUCCUGGUCAAGUACUAUGCCGCCGAAGGGCUUGUCCAGGGACAUCAGGUGCAUGUCCUUGGCCUGCAUGAAGGUUGGAAGAACGAGCUGCCGGGCAUAGCAACACCCUCCUCUUCGAGGAAGGACACCACGGCCUCAUCCGGAGACAAGAUGAAGAUUGCAUGGCGGUACGAGACCCUCGGCGCCGCGAGUGCUUCCAGAGAACGAAACACAACUGUCCAUCAGUCCGUAGCUGGGGCUAGCUCGGCACCUAUAUUCUGCUACCCCUUUGAUCUCAGCAAAAAGCUCAGCUCCGGCGAUGUCAAGGGUCAAAUCAAGUUCCACCCAUCAAUGAGCUCGCCCAGCUUCAAACCACCAGCCAAAGCGCUGCAAUCGCCAUUCAAGUUAUUCAUCAAGGAUUUGAGAUUGAAGCUGGCCAACUCGGCUCCGGAUCUCGUACACCGAGUUAUUGUGCCAGGAUUACUACUUCCGACAGCAUACUCGGGGUCCUCUUGCCGACCUGAAGAAGUUCUGCAAUUUAUGCAUGCCCUCCGCGCCCUUUUGCGCGAGUAUGCUGCUCGCCUGACGGCUCUCAUCACACUUCCCGUCACACUGUACCCACGCUCUACGGGACUUACUCGAUGGAUGGAAAUACUCAGCGACGGUGUCCUCGAGCUUAUUCCCCUGCAGUCCAAUGCGAUUCAUGCACCUCCGCCCACGUCGAAAUCGGAUCCCAAGUCCGAAGAGCAGACACAGGGUCUUUUGAAAGUCCACAGCUUGCCCGUCUUCCAUGAGAAGGGAGGAGGCUCGUCGGAGAGCUAUGCAUCUCGGGAGGACCAGGCUUUUAGUCUCAGUCGGUCCAAAGGACUCGUCAUUCGGCCUUUCAGCUUGCCUCCAGUUGGUGAAGAGGAGGAAGAGAAGAAGAAACAGGAUGCUGGCAAGUCAAUGGACUUCUAAAGCUUCGUCCUUGCAGUCAGCCGACAUCCAGCCUCGAUCGGUCUCGGUGCUCUGAAAUUUGGCAAACCUGUUCUGAAUCACCAGUACAAGCUUUCACGAACUGGACAACGGUUCAACUCGCGAUGAGCAGGCGCAUUCAGCUGGUCUCGUUGUUCUCAAAGGUUGCAUGGGGGAGCUUCGAUGCUGCUGAGCAUAAGUAGGCAAGCUCCCAC